UUCUGGGAGGAAAACUCAUUUCCUCCUUCCCGUCGGCCUGGUGCCCUCCACCCCAGCACCCCGAGCCUCCAUGCACGAGCCGCGUCCCGGGCCAUGCUGGGCAUGUACGUGCCGGACAGGUUCUCCCUGCGGUCCUCGCGCGUCCAGGACGGGAUGGGGCUGUACGCCGCGCGCAGAGUGAGCAAGGGUGAAAAGUUUGGACCUUUUGCUGGGGAAAAGAGAAUGCCUGAAGACUUGGAUGAAAAUAUGGACUGUAGUCUGAUGUGGGAGGUUCGUGGGAACAAGGGAGAAGUUCUAUAUAUUUUGGAUGCUACCAACCCAAAACACUCCAAUUGGCUCCGCUUUGUUCAUGAGGCACCAUCUCAGGAACAGAAGAAUCUGGCUGCUAUUCAAGAAGGAGAAAACAUUUUCUAUUUGGCAGUUGAUGAUAUAGAAACAGAUACAGAGCUUUUGAUUGGCUAUCUGGACAGUGACAUGGAGGAAGAUGAGGAGGAAGAGCCAGUUAGGAUGGUGGCCAAAGAAGGCAAAGUUGAACAAUCAAAAGGACAGUCAACAGCAGACAGGAAAGAUCACCUGGGUUGUCACGAGGAGUAUGCCUGUCCACAGUGUGAGUCGAGUUUUCCCAGUGAGGAGAUUCUCACCGAACAUCUUCAGACACUGCACCAGAAGCCCACAGGGGAAAAAGAAUUUAAGUGCAAGAGCUGUGGGAAGAAAUUCCCAGUCAAACAGGCUUUGCAAAGACAUGUUCUUCAGUGCACAGCAAAAGGCAGUCUGAAGGAUUCUUCACGACGUUUUCAGUGUUGUGUUUGCAAUUCUUCCUUCACUUCAGCAUUGAGCUUGGAGCAACACCAGGAGACAUGCCAGAGGGAUGCUAGGUUUGUGUGCAAGGUCGACAGCUGUGGGAAGAGGCUGAAAAGCAAGGACGCCCUGAAAAGGCACCAGGAAAAUGUCCACACUGGAGAUCCUAAGAAAAAGCUCAUAUGUUCAGUGUGCAAUAAAAAGUAUUCCUCAGCGUCAAGCCUGCAGGAACACAGGAAGAUUCAUGAGAUAUUUGAUUGUCAAGAAUGUAUGAAGAAGUUUAUUUCUGCUAACCAGCUAAAACGUCAUAUGAUCACCCACUCAGAAAAGCGGCCCUAUAAUUGUGAGAUCUGUAAUAAAUCUUUCAAGAGGCUUGAUCAGGUGGGCGCCCACAAAGUGAUACACAGUGAAGACAAACCAUAUAAGUGCAGGCUCUGUGGAAAGGGGUUUGCUCACAGAAAUGUUUACAAGAACCACAAGAAGACCCACUCUGAAGAAAGACCAUUCCAGUGUGAUGAAUGCAAAGCUUUGUUCCGCACCCCAUUUUCCCUGCAGAGACACCUCUUAAUCCACAACAGUGAGAGGACUUUCAAAUGCCAUCACUGUGAUGCUACUUUUAAAAGGAAGGACACAUUAAACGUUCAUGUCCAGGUCGUCCACGAAAGACACAAGAAGUACAGAUGUGAUCUAUGUAAUAAGGCGUUCGUUACACCAUCAGUGCUCAGAAGUCAUAAGAAAACACACACGGGAGAAAAGGAGAAAGUGUGCCCAUAUUGUGGUCAGAAAUUUGCCAGCAGUGGGACCCUGAGAGUUCACAUCCGGAGCCACACAGGUGAGCGUCCCUAUCAAUGUCCCUAUUGUGAAAAAGGAUUCAGUAAAAAUGAUGGACUGAAGAUGCACAUUCGUACUCAUACCAGGGAGAAACCAUACAAGUGCUCAGAAUGCAGCAAGGCCUUCAGCCAGAAACGGGGCCUGGAUGAGCACAAGAGGACGCACACUGGAGAGAAGCCCUUUCAGUGUGAUGUUUGUGACUUGGCUUUUAGCCUAAAGAAAAUGCUGAUCCGACACAAGAUGACUCAUAAUCCCAACCGUCCACUGGCAGAAUGCCACUUUUGCCAUAAGAAGUUUACAAGGAAUGACUACCUCAAAGUGCACAUGGACAAUAUUCAUGGAGUGGCCGACAGCUGAUGGUAGCUAGAAAGGAGUUAAACCAUUCAGGAGGACUUCUAAAAUGAGUCCCAGUCUUGGUCCACUUGAUCAGCCUAUCAGAAAUAACCAAAAGUCGCUAAUUUAUCUCACAGUUUUAUUUGCCUAUCUUUUGGGAUUUAUAGAUGUAUAUGUAAAAAUAAAAAUUUCAAUUGUACCAAUGGAAAAUAAGAAUACUUUGUUGUCUUGCAGAAUACUUUAGAUUAUAUUUGUAUUCUUGCUUAUAAAAAGCAAGAGUCAUAACUCUUGACUUUUUGUUAUGAAGUUAAUUAACACACUUUCCCAUUUGGCUUUUUGGCUUUUUCUAUUCAUUGUGUAUGUCUGUGAGUUAGUUUUGCAGCUGAGACAAAAGUGAAGAUAUGCAACCAUUUCCUUGAAGGUAAAAAUUAAAAUAAACAAAAAAGACCAAAUGUUUGCAGACUCUCAAGCAUGACAGUAGGAAAAAUACUUGCUAUCUUAUGAGACAGACCAGGAAUUUAUUGUAUUUAAGAUUUUUAAAACCAAAGUGUCUGUUAAAAUAGUGUUCAUUUUAGGGAAUACUCAGGAAACAUUAUUUCGUCUCAUCAUUCAGAUUCAGGAAUUCAUGCUAUGGAGUAUUUUAUGAGAUUUAUAAAAACUAAUUAUAGUAGUUAUUCACUAAGCUGCCCCUCCUGAAUUCAUACUGCUUAUCUUUCAAAAUUAACAGCAUACAAAUAAACAUCACCAAAAAUUGAAACAAAGUUGAUUCUCUGUCUUUGUGGGCUGACACGGUGGCAGAACUAUGGUGUUGCGUUACCACACUAUUUAUGCUGAAAAUAGCCCUGAUCCUUUCACUCUAUAAAAGAGCAAUGAACACAUUAUUGCAAGAGUAAUAGAGUCCUCCAAGAAUUAACAGUCUAUUCUGCUGAAAACUUUUUUCCAGAAUUUUGGCAGUAGGUGACACUUUUGAAUUAUUCUGUUUUCCUAUAUAAUUAGGAAUCCAGAAUAAAAAAAUACAAACUUGAAAGUUGUUAUGAUUUAAAAUUGAUACUGGUGCUUAAGGGAAAUUGAAGCAUGAGUGUGUCUCCCUGUAGGUUUUAUUUCAGCAAAAUAUUUGACAAUAACAUACGAGCUACUUAUUUUAGCAAAUGUUAUAAUACACUCUCAUAGUAAUGUCAAAGUAACUUAGAGAAAUCUAAUAAAAAGCCAGGGAAAAAAUAAAGAAAUGAAGCCUACAUCAUGAACUUCUUUAAUUGGUAUCACUUCAAAGGAGAACAAGUAUAAUGUAAGGAAAUUCUUCGGUUGCAAUAAGUUAAGAACAAAGGUUGUAUCUAGGCAUAGGAGAGGCUAGGGAGAUGGUUCAGUGGAUAAUAUGCUUAUUGGGCAGCAUGAACACUUAAAUUUGAAUCACUAGUACCAAUAAAGUGCCAACUAUAGUAACAUGUGCCUAUAAUUACAGUGCUAAGGAGGCAAAGACAUGAUUCCUAAGACUUGCUGACCAGGUAGUCCAGCCAAAUUGUUGAUUUCUAGGUUCAGUGAGUCUCAAAACAUGAAGUGGAAAAUGACUGAAGAAGACACUUGAUGUUGACCUCUGGUCCCCAUGUGAAGGUACACAUGCACCAGCACAUAAGUGUGUAUUCUCACACAUACAUACACAACAUGUUCAAAAAUAAAAAUAUAUAAAUCUCAUUUCAGAGUUAUGCAUAUAACAUUUCAAUUUCAGUUUUAAAAAGAAUUAUAAAUAUUUGAUACAGACAUUUAAAGCCUUUAAAGAUAGUAAACUUGAAACUCAAUUAAAUAAUUAUAAAAAUAGCUCUUAAAAAUAUAAAUGCUGGAAUUACAAUUUUAGAAGGUGCACAGUUAUGCCAUAUUUCUUACCUGAAGUUACAGAGUGUGUUUUGUAAGAAAUAAAUUUUCCUGUUGUUUCUCAGUGUGCUGUUCAUUUCAGAGAUGUGACUUUUGAUCUGAAGUAUAUCACUGGAAUCUACAGACCAGCUAUAAAAUUCACUGAUGGAUGCUUUUUAAAAAUGUCCUGCUUAUUUCUUUGGCUUCUGCUUCUUUCUCUGUUUGGGGGUUCUAAUCCUGAUUAUAUAAUGAAUGUGAAACUUAAAAGGAAGCCAACACCAACUUUGUGUGGUCUUGGAAAUAAAGAAAAGCCUGGUGUUGUGAUGUUUCUGCAGUGGAGACCAACAGGGGAAGGUGGUGACCUUUCCCUGAGAGACAAGGAAGUCUUCUAACUCAAUAACUUAGAAGAGUAUCUGUAUGCUUGAAUCUUUCAUUCAAAACAUGAUAAUGUAUAUAAUUUAAU